GGCCUGCCGUGUUUCUCUUGAAAGUUGGAACACCAUAAAUAGUGCGGUUGGCGAGGCAUGUCCCUCUCUGCACAUCAUCCAACGGCAACGGUCAAUUCAGCAACAGGGUCCCGCCACCAUGAAGAUUUCGCUCGCAGUUUCCCUUUUGGGCGCUUUCGCCAGCCUCCAGCCCGCCUUCGCCAAAAUCUUGUGGCGUGGCGACUUCGAAACGAGCGAUAUCAACCAAUGGGGCGUUAAGGAGAACCCCGGCGGUCCUGAACGGUUCCAAAUCGUCACAAGUCCUUUGCGUCAAGGAAAAUACGCUCUGCGUGUAGAGACUCGUCAAGGUGAUAAGUACAAAACCAGCAGUGGCAAUCGCAAUGAGUUGUCUCGCGAGGAUGUGAUCAUCAACAAAGGCGAGGAAGAGUUUUAUCGUUGGAGCGUUCGCUUUGACGAGAAUUUUCCGUCGCCGGCCGGUACCUGGGAGGUCCUGGCGCAGUGGCAUUCGCGCUACAGUGCCGUCCCGGUUGGGUUGGCAUUGAACGGAGAAAAAUUCGAAUGGCUCGUCGGAAAUGAGAUGGAUGGUCCCUGGCCUGGCACUCAGGUCAAUGCCUGGAACACUCCUCUCAAACGAGGGAUUUGGUAUGACUUCAUCGCCCAUUUCAAAUGGUCUCCUGAGAAGAACCAAGCGAGCACAAGCCUCUGGGUGAACGGGGCCAAAGUGGUCGACGGCAUCAAGGCGCCCAACAUGUACCGCGGAGAGACCAACUAUCUCAAGGCUGGUCUUUACCGCAAGGAUACGAUCAAACCCGCCGGCGUCAUUUACCAUGACGGCUGGAUGCUCGCGGACCGCCUCGACGACUUGUUGACCGACGGCUACCAGAUCACCCCUUACGACCCUAACCAUCUGCAGGGUGGGACUUCCGGCAACACCACCAUACCCCCCACCGUUCCCCCCACCACUCCGCCCACUGGUGACUGCACCGCCGCGAAGACCCAGUUCAUGGCCUGUGUCAACAAGUGUAGCCGCCAAUUGUAGACUUGUAGAGAUCUCGUUACCCUUGUGUAGCUGUCAAGUGUAGACUACAAGACUUGUUGAGAGAACAUUUCCCCUUCUCCCCGCGACUACUCUGUAUAUGAAAUCUGCAAUUCAACAGAGUCACGUACGCAUA